AUGGUCCGCACUCUCCUCGCCUCGGCUCUCGACGUACUCGACCUGCUUGCUGCUCUCGAUCUUCAUGAUGAUGCUACGCUGGCGGAGCUGGUUCAUGCCGUUCUGGUAGAGAUCGAGACGGCUGAUCUCAGCGCUGUCAACACUGUCGAUGCUGCCGGCAUGAUCCCUGUCGGCUGCGUCGCCCGCGCUAUCCAUGCCCGGUUUGAUCCGGCCGAUUCGCUGGCGGUCGCCGUGGGCAAGCUCGCGCCAGGCCCGCCGGAUGCUGGCCUGCUCUCUAUCCUCGACAGCGUCUACGUCGGCACGACCUCCUCCCCCGGUCACCAGGCUGCGCGCAAGCGGCUGUGGGAGGGCAUGCAUGGCGACACCAUGCCCCCACUCUCGGAAUCGCAAACACGUCUUUUUGACGCCAUCAAUGCUCGCAUGGCUGCAGACUACUCUGUCCGACGAUCGGUUCUCCUCACCCGCCUCGGCGUCACCCUCAAGACCUUUGCCCGCCACCCGGUCCUCGCCCAGCGCCCGCUUGUCACCGCCUACGCCGCCCUUGCCCAGUCCCGCCUCCGCCGCCACACUAGCUUUUCCUGGACGGACGUCACUGCCGCCCAGGUCGACCUGGCCAUCAACCGCAAGACCUCGGACGCACGCUAUGCUGCCCGCACCCCGGCCCGUGUCAAGCACAUUGUCAUCGCCUCCAAAGUCCGCGACCGUGGCGGCCGGCCCUCUGACAUGCGCAUGCCGUCCUUCCGCGCCCGCGUCGAGCCGGCGCCCGCCUCGCGCGGCCGUGGCCGCGGUCGCCGCUCCAAUGACCGCAACCGCAACAGCAACCGUAAUCGCAACCGCGACAACACCGAGCCCGCGCCCAGCCCCACAUCCGCCAAACCAACGCGGUCGCGGCCGCGGCAAAGGCAAGGGCCGCAACCGUAA